AUGUUCUCCGUGUUUCGCUCACGAACACCGUUCGUCCGUACCGCGUCUCGACUAUGUCGGUUCAAUAGCACGUCCACGACCAGCACGACCAGCACGACCACAGUCGAGAUUCCCCCCUCCGCCUCGACUUCUACACCCACAUCCCUUGCUGCCACUACGGUCACUACUGCCAUUACGCCUGGAACAAAAGCCGAUGGCGCUCUUCGUCCACAUCUGAACAUUCCUGUGAACCCGAAACAUGGACUCUUUGCGUUCUUCCGGAAGAAGGAAAAGGAUGGGGAGGUGCAGUAUGAGACUGUGGAGGGAGAGGAGGUGAUGUUGCAGUCUGGACGUGCAUGGGAGACUGCAGAGCUCAGGCGAAAAAGCUUCAGGGAUCUGCAUACGCUAUGGUAUGUCUUGCUUCGGGAGCGGAAUUUGCUCGCGACGCAGAGGCACGAGCUGUCCCGACUGGGGGCACAGAGGUUCAUUGGGAACGAGCUUAUAGCUCCUCAGGACGCGCUGUGCCGGAAAAGCAUGGCGCGCAUCAAGGGUGUUCUCCAAGAGCGUCGGCUAGCCUAUGAUGCGGCCGCGAAGAUCGUCAGAGAUUACAAGUGGGACCAGAAGAGGGAAGAGCAGAAGGCUUGGUCGACGCACAGGAGGGAGAAGAUUGCGGAGGCGAAGGCUCUGGUUCAGGCGAGGAAGGCGCGGUCGGAGACGGUACGACGGGCGAUGUUGAGGAAGCAGCAGGUUCGGGAGAAGAGGUCGCAGUCGCAGGACGUUGGGACGAAGGCGUUGAAGGGCCUUUUGUCGUGA